GCUACCUCCUCGGCGUCCUUGCAUGCAUCAUACGUCUUUGUGACUGCAAAGAUGGUCGCGUGAAUAUUUACAUGGCAUACUGACGAUUCACAAAGGUAAUAAUGCUGUCCGCCUUCACGGCUCGACCGAUUGUCGAGUUGAAGCAGCGCGACAAGAGCAAGAUAGAGUCCAUCCUUGCGUAUGGCGACAAGCUGCUCGUCGGACUUAACACGGGCUCGUUGCGCAUAUACCGCGUCAACGAAAUUCCUGAGACGGAGACCGGCCCUCACGACGGCGCAACCAACGGUGACGAAGAGGAUGCUCCACGCCCUAAGGUCAGACCGGUGGAUCUUUUGCGAGAAGAGGAGAAGUUCUCCCGGAAACCUAUACAGCAGCUUGCCAUCAUAAAGGAGGUUGGGAUUCUCGUCUCACUUUCGGAUAACUAUGUUUCGAUCCACGAGCUACAGACGUACGCAUUGCAGGAACGCCUCGAGCAGACCAAGGGUGCGGCUACAUUCGCCAUAACAAGUAACAUUGUCAAGGAUCCCACAAGUGGAAUACCGGACAUUGUAUCGAGAUUGGCUGUGGCAGUUAAGAGGCGCAUAAUGAUUUGGUCGUGGCAAGCGAUGGAGCUAUCCCACGAUGUUACAGAGAUUACUAUGAGCGCGGCCGUGAAGUCGCUACACUGGGCAACGGGCACAAAGAUGAUUGUGGGCCUGGACCCCGGAUUUUUCAUGGUUGAUGCAGAGUCUAAGGAGGUGACGGAUAUUAUCAAGCCAAGCUCUGCUGAUGAGGCUGCGGGUCAGACCGGUACUCGAUUUGGUGCCGUGAGCUCUACCGGCAUGUCGUACGUGGGCAUGGGAGGUUGGGUACCUCGGCCUAUGGCCACGAGACUGGGCGAAGGUGAGAUGCUGCUAGCAAAAGACGUGAAUACGCUCUUCAUCGACUUGGACGGCAAAGCUCUGGAUAAACGGCAAGUACCGUGGUCUCAGGCACCUGAGACAAUAGCAUAUUCUUAUCCCUAUCUGUUGGCGCUGCAAUCGCCUUCGAAGGGUGUCUUGGAAGUCCGCAACCCCGACACGUUGUCCCUUUUGCAGUCAGUAAACGUACCCAACGCGAACCUACUGCAUGUUCCACAGCCCAAUAUUAGUCUGGCACAUGCGGGCAAAGGUUUCCUUGUUGCAAGCGACAGAGUCGUCUGGCGAAUGGAAGCACUCGAUUACGAGAGCCAACUUGACGUGCUCACAGAACAGGGACGCUAUGACGAAGCAGUUAGUCUUCUAGGUAUGCUUGAAGAUACGCUACUCAAAGAUAAAACUGGAAGGCUGCGUGAAAUCCAAAUGCUCAAAGCACAGAGCCUUUUUGAAGCACGCAGGUACCACGACGCCCUCGACUUGUUUUCGAAAGCAAAGUCACCUCCGGCGCGGGUCAUUGCCUUAUACCCUCGAUCUAUCGCCGGUGAUUUAUCGAAGAUUCAGGAAGAUGAAGUUGAGGAGGCAGAUGUUGACGAGGAGAAAUCGGACAUGACUAAGUCGACUCCAUCUUCGCCCAAAGUUGUGCCUCAAGGCAGCAUUGGAAGGUCCAUGUUCGGCAGAUUGAUGGCUGAGCAGAAGAAGUCUGACUCGGACACUUCAUCUGUCAAGAACGGGAAAGCCGGCGAUGUCAGCGAGACGAUGAGUGUCAAGGGUAAAGCGAUCGAGACCACGCCAGCAUCAGACAAGGCCCUAGAGGGGAAGGACUUAGACAGAGCUGUGAAUGCGCUCUUUGGAUUUCUGGCACAGUCAAGGGUGGACCUACAGAAGUACCUAAAACCUGACGGUACCCUGCAUCAUGAAUUGCCACCACCCGAGGAGAGACCAAAGAACUAUCGCCCGCCUUUUUUUGAAUACAUCCAAAUCGAAGGUGACGACACAAAGGAUGUCAAUUGGUCGGAGGAGCUCCUCGACGUUGCGAAGUUGGUAGAUACGACACUCUUCAGGGCGUAUAUGUUGAAACAGCCCCGUCUUAUUGGCUCGCUCUUCCGCAUCAAUAAUUUCUGCGACCCCCUGGUUGUGCGGGAUAAGCUGGAUGAGACGGGUCGGUAUGCCGAGCUCAUUGACUUUUUGCACGGCAAGAAGUUGCAUCGCGAGGCGUUGGAGGUUCUGGCACGUUUUGGCAAGAGUGAAGCGGGUGAUACGGACAUUCCCGAAGAACUGAAAGGCCCGCGGAGGACGAUUGGAUACUUGCAACAACUUCCUCCGGAGAUGAUUGACAUAAUUCUGGAGUUCGCUGAGUGGCCGCUCAAGUCGCAGCCAGAAGAAGGUAUGCAGAUUUUUCUGGCUGAUACCGAGAAUGCAGAAACUUUGCCUAGACAUCGCGUAGUGGAGUUUCUGCAAGGUAUUGAUGCAAACCUGGCAGUGCGAUACUUAGAGCACAUCAUCUUUGAGCUCAAUGACCUAACACCGGAUUUUCACCAGCGGCUGAUAGACCUGUACCUUGACCGACUACGGGAGAAGGAUGGCUUUGAUUCCGAGGAGUUGCGUCUAGACUGGCGCACACGACUUGAGAAGAUUCUCAAAUCGAGUUCACAGUAUCAUCGAGGACGAGUCUUCGGUCGGCUACCAGCUGACGACCCAGAUUUCUAUGAAGCUCGGGCGAUCGUCCUUAGCAAGAUGGGAAACCACAAGCAAGCUCUUCAGAUCUACGUAUUCCAGAUCCAGGACUACGACAAGGCCGAAGAGUACUGCAACGAGCAGUAUCUCCUGUCCACAAAGAGUCCGACCCCAAGCACCGGGGGCCCUACGAACCUCACCAUCUCCACAGACAUCAUGGAUGAUGCUGUGGAGCCAAGCAUAUAUCACACCUUGCUGAGCCUGUAUCUCCAGCCUCCUCCACCUCAUAAGCCGAACUGGAUCCCAGCGCUAGAUCUUCUUUCCAAGCACGGAGCUCGCCUGCCCGCAUCUAGCACCCUGGAAAUCAUCCCGUCAACACUUCCUGUAAAGGACCUUGAGUCCUAUUUCCGUGGACGGAUCCGCUCCGCAAACUCGACGCUCAACGAGGAAAGGAUCGUGGCGCGACUGAGGGGUGUGGAGAAGGUCCGAACAGAGGAGAACUUGCUGGAGAAACGAAAUAGAGCCUUCAAGAUCGAUGAGGAGCGUGUUUGUGGAGUGUGCUACAAGAGAUUUGGCGGCAGUGCGAUCAGAGUUUGGCCCGACGGGAGAGUAACUCACUACGGAUGUAUGAGAAACAGUCUUGGCAGUGGAACAAAGAGCGGAAGAGCACCGGUGAGAAGGUUGUUCAGCUAGCAUUUCCUUCGGAACGUUUAAGAGUAUGUUUGCAUAGCCGCGAUACCUCGCUAACGAUCUCGUUGUUCCUUGUUUCAAAACAGCCGAACACGGCCAUCUCCCAACGACAGUAACAAUUUUUUCGAGGCGAAAUGAAGUCAUGUUCUGAGGCGCGUGUACAAAAAUGCUGAGCGUUUUCUCCUAUCACGGUUAAACAUUCUUGAGCCAAUACGGCUACCCUUUGCGUCAAUGAACGUACGUUGAAGUCUCUGCGUCUUUCGAUUUCAGGUUGUAAACGCUAUAUUGAAGCUACGCAGAAUCGAUCUCAGCGAAGCUGCUUGAGGCUCUUCAUAACGUCAGGGUCACUUCAAGAGCGCGGAGACUUAAGACUGGUGGCCUUGGAAGGCUCUGG